ACAGUUGCAACAGCAGCAGCAACACUAUCACCACUACAGCGCCAAUAGCAACAACUACAAAAUGCAUUUGACUACCACAUCGAGCAAUUCAACGGCAUCCAAUGCCAACAAUAACAACAACAAUACGGCAAACAACAACAACACAAGCAGCAACAACAACACGACCAACACGAACGGCAGCAGCAACAACAACACGAGCGGCAACAACAACAACAGCAGCGGCAACAACAGCAACACGGAGCAGAACACACCGCCCACGCCCGCCCAACUCCUGAAUGAGGCCUACACGAAGAUGACCUCGGACAUCCUGGCGGAGCGGACGCUGGGCGACUUCCUCACCGAGCAUCCGGGCGAGCUGAUCCGCACGAGCAGUCCGCUCUUCGUCUGCACAGUGCUGCCGCCCCACUGGCGGAGCAACAAGACGCUGCCGGUGGCCUUCAAGGUCGUCUCGCUGGGCGACAUCAUGGACGGAACGAUGGUCACCGUGCGGGCGGGCAACGAUGAGAACUACUGUGCGGAGCUGCGCAACUGCACGGCGGUGAUGAAGAACCAGGUGGCCAAGUUCAACGAUCUCAGGUUCGUCGGGCGGAGCGGCAGAGGGAAAAGCUUCACGCUAACCAUCACCGUGUCAACGAAUCCACCGCACAUAGCGACCUACAACAAGGCGAUCAAAGUGACUGUCGAUGGGCCACGCGAACCCCGUUCCAAGACAAUGUUAUCCCUUUUAGGACAGCAACAGCAGUUCCACUUCGCCUUUGGCCAACGACCGUUCCACUUCUCCACGGAUCCACUUUCCGGCUUCCGGAUGCCGCCCAUUGGCAAUUGUCAGAGCGCAAGCAAUACGCACUGGGGCUAUGGAUCAGCUGCCUCGGCAUAUUCACCCUAUUUGGCCAGCAGCGGACUAUCGUCCUGCACCACGCCCACUUCCGCCCAGUUCAACAAUCCGGCCCUGGGCUUCACCUGCUCCUCCAACGAUCAGAGCAACAACCAGGACUUCGGAGGAGCCACCAAUCGCGACUGCGUGCCGAUGCUGCCCGACUCGACGGCCAGCGAUCUCGACCAGCACUUGAGCAGCCUGGUGGGCUCCACCAGUGGCCAGAUGACGCACCACAGUCUGCUGGGCGCCGGCGGCCAGACCUCGAUCUCCUCCACGGUGAACGGAGCGAGCGGGGGCGGAAGCGCAGGAGCCGGAACCGCCGGCGGUGGAGCGGGCAGCGGUGGGGGUGCAGGCGGUGGUGCGGGCGGCAACUCCAUCCUGGUGCCGCGCUACCACACAAACGCGAGCAACGAGUACAACGUGCACUCCAGCCAGAAUGGACCGCGGAGCCUGUCGGACAGCUCCCAGGCGGAGUCGCCGGUGCAGGAGGACCUGCUGACCACCAACACACCGAACCUGGGCAGCACGGCGGGUGGUGGGGCGGCCAACGGUGGUGCGGGCUCGAAUGCGGGCAGUGGUGCGGCGGGCAGUGGUGCCGGUGGUGCUGGCGGCGCCUCCUCGGCGGUGGGCAAUCCCGCCAUGCUGGGCGCCAACCAGAACUUCCCGGGCAUUGUGAACCAGGCGCAGCACUCGGCGGCCUCGGCCUACGGCGGCGGAACCGGGGUGGUGGGCGGAGGACAUGGCAGUGCCGCCGCCGCUGCCGCCGGAUGCAAUGGCUCCCUGUAUCCCGUGCUGCCCGCCAGUCUGCUGUACUCCCAGCUGUACACCGCUGCCAAUCAGUCCGCCCACGGCUUCCACUCGCACACCUUGCCCGCCCACGCCUCGCCGAACUCCUCCGUGCAUGGCGAGCUUCAGAGCGUCAUGGAUCACAUCAGCAAUGUGGGCGUGCGGCAGCAGCACAACAUAAUGGCCGGCGGGGGCGUGACCCAUCCGGGCGACCUGACCCUGAUCGGCAACUGCGGCGCCUCGGUGAGGAACAUCGAGGACGGGAACAGCAAUCGGCAGGUGGCCGCCUUAGCUGCCCAUCGCGGCCACCACAAUCCCACCGACAAUGGGGGCAGCGUUUGGAGGCCCUAUUGA